AUGUUCGCCGCCAGCUUGCUGGCCACGGCGGCGUUCAUUUCAUCUACAAUCGCAACACCAAUGUUUGGAGCACGCUCCGCUGUCGCAAAGAGGGCUCCGUCUCAACCAAGCUUGGCAGUCUACUGGGGACAAGGACCAAACCAGAAACGUCUGGCCGAAUUCUGCGCGGAUACUACCAUGGACAUCAUCCCCAUCGGUUUCGUCAAUGUCUUCCCCGAUCAAACAGGUGGCCCGGGAACGAACUACGGGAAUGCUUGUGGCGGUGUCACCUGGAAGUCGCCAGAGGGUGUCCAGACCAAUGUCUUCACGACGUGUGGUCAAAUCGCGACUGAUGUCGCCAUCUGCCAGGGCAUGGGCAAAAAGAUUCUUGCCUCGAUUGGCGGUGCUGAGUCUGGAAACUUCAUCGCCACCUCAGACUCUGCAAAGGACUUUGCCGACUUUCUUUGGGGUGCAUUCGGUCCAGUCCAGGAUCCUACCUUGGUGGAUUACCCCCGACCGUUUGGCCUGAAUACUGUCGUCGAUGGUUUCGACUUGGACAUCGAGUCAGGAAGCAACUUUGGAUACGCCGACCUAGUAAAUCAAUUGCGAGUCCGGUUCCAGGAAGACACUUCCAAGAGCUACAUCAUCUCGUCGGCACCACAGUGUGUUGUGCCGGAUGCUCAUCUGGACGACGCCAUCAAAAACUCCGUCAUCGAUUAUGUGUACGGACCACACCCUGACUCUCGUCCCCUUGUUGAGAAUGCAUUGCUAACUCUUGCUAGAUUUGUCCAAUACUACAACACCGAUUCCUGCUCGGCAGCAUCGUUGUUCAGCUCAGGUUCCCUCAACACUGCCGCCGACAUCACUUUUGGCUGGGCCCAAUGGCUCAAGCAGAACUCCAAGAACCAGAACAUCAAGAUGUUCUUGGGUCUGCCCGCGUCAAACAUCGCCGCUAAUCCCAACCACUACCUGAGCCUGGACCAAGCCCAGGCUUUGAUCGAGCAGUAUGCGUGCUCAAGCACGUAUCAGUCUCUAUUCGGAGGUGUGAUGCUUUGGGAGGCGACCUACUCGGACAACAACCAGCAGAACGGGAAGAGCUAUGCUGCCAACAUCAAGGAUAUCUUUGGCAAGCUCUCUUGCGCACCGCCAACGACGACGAGCACAUCGACGACGACCACUACCACAACCACCACCACCACGACAACAACCACUACUACUACCACCACUACGACCACCACGACAACCACAACGACUUCGCCAAUUCCCACCACGACCACCACGACCACCACAACCACUACUAGCGAAGUGGUUGCCCCCACCUCGACCUCGACCUCGUCUUCGACCACGACAACCACCACCGAGAUUCCGGCCGUAACAACGUCGAGCACUACGUCGUCGUCCCCUGUUCCAACCACCACAUCUGAAAGCACAACCACGACCACUUACAGCCAUAGUCUCGGACCGAUUGGUGGAUCUACGACGACCAGCUCCGAGUCUUCUUCCACGUCCACCUCGACCACAACCACCUACAGCAACACGCUUGGACCUAUUGGUGGAUCUACAACCACAAGCAGCUCGACUACAACCACCGUCAGCAGUACGCUUGGCCCCAUUGGUGAAACCACGACGACAAGCAGCUGGACCACAACCACGUACAGUCACACUCUCGGCCCCAUUGGGGAAACAACAACUACAAGCAGCACCGUGCCACCGGCUGUGACCACCAGCUCAUAUAGCCACUCGCUGGGCCACGGCUCGUCCACUUCGUCGGUCUAUGUCAGCCCUGCAACAACUUCUAGCGCUUCUGCCGCAUCCACGACCGGCUGGCAAUGGGGAGACUGGACUUCCGCGGGCAGCAGCCCGGUUGAUCCCACCUCGACGAAGACCACAACGACAAGCGCGCCGGUGAGCUGGGCAGACUGGUCUGCCACAACGAGCGCAACUGGUCAGUACACGGUCACCGUGUGGACUACGGUAUACACCGAUAUCGGCCCCAACGGCUACACCACGCAUCCGUACCACUACACCACCACAGUCCCUGUUGCAGCAGCCACCACCACUGCACCAUUCGUGUGGCCCACUAACGCUGACGGAUGCCCCCGGGGAUUCCACACCACGGUGACGGUCUGCUCUGUGUGCGCUCCCACCGUGGUUACAGUGACUUUGACUGUUCCCGAGGCCACCGCUACGGCCGUUAUGACCCAGACUGUUGUGCCUGUCCGGCCCACAGACGUCGCAGCAGCGCCCGUGCACCCGUCCGGAACUGAGACUCCAGUCGCCGCUGCGUCCUCGACCUGGACCUACUCACAGCCUGCUGGUAACGGAGCCAGUACCCCCGUCGCAGCAGCAACCACCUCUGCGGGAAGCAACAGCGGAUGGCUCGCCCCGUCUCCCUCGUCUGCGUCCUCCACUCCUGUUGCACCUAUCAGCAUCACCCCCUUCACGGGCGGUGCCACUGCUGCCCAGAGCCAGCUGCCCGGCACCAUGCUGAGCGUGGUCCUCUGCGCCGCCGUUGCGAUCAGCGGGUUGUUCUUGUAA